UUCGUUCGACGUCCAAGUUUCACGUGUUUGCUGAGUCGAUCUUCGCUAUCUGGAUGUUUACCGCGUAAUUUUUAUCGGUACGAAUAAAUUUUAAUACAAAAUCCACGGCCGACCGUCAGCGUUGCUCGACUUUCCGAUUCGUUCGAACGCUGUUUGCAAAAGGUAUAAACGUCGCGAGGAACGGUUACGUAUUCCCGAAUAGAACGAUGGAGUCGAAAGUUGUGUACACGAAACAGAGCCCGGAAGAGACCGCCAGUCUGUUAAAUAGACUGUUUCUAAUAUGGCCCUGGAAAUUGAUGAUCCAAGGCGUCAAGAAAGAGCUGCAGCUAUCGGAUCUUUAUUCUCCGUUAGAGAAGGACAAAGCCGCGAACGUCUGCGAACGACUAAGCAAAUCGUGGGAACACGAAUUGGCGAAGUCAAAAUCAUCCGGCACGACGGGCACGAAAGGACUGGACGAGUUGAAGGCGAAAAACAGAAACGGGCCCUCGUUGUUACUGGCUUGUCUGUCGGCGUUUCACACGGAAAUAGCAUUCAUGGCGCUGCUAUUGGGCUUCUACUACGUGAUCAUGGCAACGACCCUGCCUCUCCUGCAAUACCAGGUCAUCAAGUACUUCAACCAAGACGAGGCAGAAAACUCGAUCAGCAGUUCCGAGGCGCUGAUCUACUCGGGCAUUAUGAUAAUACACUUGUUCAUCUCGCUUCUCUUUAUGCAUCACAUAGAGCUGUUGACGAUGCAACUGGGCCUGAGAAUGAGAGUCGCGUGCUCCUCUCUCAUUUACAAAAAGAUAUUACGGUUGAACAAGAGCACGUUGACUCAAACCACUUGCGGCCAGGUCGUCAACUUGCUCAGCAACGAUGUCCAGCGUUUCGAGAAGUUCUGCUUCUUCAUGCAUUUCAUUUGGGUGACACCAGUGCAGACGGUGGUGAUCAGCUCGCUGCUAUGGAUGAGGAUCGGUAUCCUGACGUUGGUCAGUUUGGCGACUCUGAUCGCUUUGUCGCUUCCGUUGCACAGCGUCACCGUGAAGAUGGUCAACAAGGUGAGACUGCUGAUCGCCUAUCUGACGGACAGAAGGGUGCAAUUGAUGCAAGAGCUCUUAACAGGUAUACAGGUGAUCAAGAUGUAUGCCUGGGAGAAACCGUUCUCGGAUAUCAUAACCACGGUCAGGAAGAAAGAGGUGAAGAAAAUACGGCAGGGCGUCAACAUAUACGGCAUCUACCUAAUGAGCGUGGUGCUGACCACAAGGAUCAUUCUCUACGUCACCACUUUGUGCUACGUGCUGAUGGGGUAUAAGCUUUAUCCGCACAUCACGUUCAUGCUGGCGAGCUACUUCGAGCACUUCCAAACGUUAGGCGCAUUUUUCUUUCCGUUGGCCUUGAUACAGUGCGCAGAGAUAUAUGUUUGCACCAACAGGAUGCAGCAAUUUUUAUUACUGGACGAACAACCGGUCGAGACGCUGUUGAAUUCGGCCCAGCAGAACGGUAAAUCGAACGACCGGGAAAGGAAGAAGAAGACGAAGGCCGAGGAGACCAUCGAAGCGGAGAACGGUCUUCGAAAUACAACCGUGACUCGCGUCGAGGAAAACGCGCCGGUUUCCGUGACGCUGGAUCACGUGUACGCAAACUGGGCACCCGGCAAGUUACCACCGACAUUGGUCAACCUCUCGUUACAAAUUCGAUCCAGGGAAUUGCUGGCGCUGGUCGGCAGCGUCGGUUCCGGCAAGUCCUCCAUCCUUUAUCUACUACUGAAGGAUAUGCCCCUGGGAUCCGGAACCGUGAAAGUAUAUUGCGGCGAGCCGAAAGAACUCUGCGACAACACGUCGGGUUAUAUCAUCGACAAACCGAACUUGACGAUCUCGUACGCCAGCCAGGAUCCGUGGCUGUUCUCCGGAACCGUCAGAAAUAACAUCCUCUUCGGACAGCCGUACGACAGCGAGAGAUACGCCGCGGUGAUCAAAGCAUGCGCCCUUGUCCACGACUUCCAGCAGCUUCCUCGCGGCGACAUGAGCAACGUCGGCGAGAACGGGUCGUCGUUGUCCGGCGGUCAAAGAGCCCGAGUGAACCUGGCGAGGGCCGUCUACAGGCAGGCCGACAUCUACUUGCUGGACGAUCCGUUGAGCGCCGUCGACACGAAGGUGGCCAGGCACCUCUUCUACAAGUGCAUCAAGCAGUACCUACACGGGAAGACCAGAGUCCUGGUGACCCACCAGGUGCAGUUAGUCAAGCAAGCCGAUUGCAUCGCGGUGGUGGAUCGAGGCACCGUACGGAUGAAAGGGUCGUACGAAGAGCUGUACAAGACCUCGGAGGAGUUUGUCGAGAUCUUCGAGGGUAUCGCGAAGUCGGCAGAAGCCACCAGACAACAAGCAGGCGAUAACACUGUUUUACCGUCCCUACCCAUGGAUAGGAGAGCCAGCAGGAGGACCAUUGGCAGAUCUUCGGUGGGGUCCAUCGCCAGCAGCAUGAUGUCUUGCGAUUACGACGGGGAACAGCUCGGUCCGGACGAGGACGACGAGAUGCCUGCUAAGGCUCGCAGUACCAGCAGCCUGUUCCUAGGAUACUUCAGGCACGGCGGGUCUUAUCCUGCCCUGACUUUAUUGUUAAUCGUUGUACUCCUGUCUCAAGUGACUCUCAGCUUGAACGAUCUAUGGCUCUCGAACUGGACGAACUUGGAGGUCGCCAGACGCACCAUCGAGGGAAACAGCUCCGCGAUCCCGGACAAUCGGUUCGUCUACAACAACACGUUCCUGGCGAAGAUAUUCACGUUGGACAGCCACGGUUACUUGUCGACCAUGGACGCCAUCUACGUUUACACGUUCUGGACUCUGCUUUCUUCGCUCGUUAUAAUCCUACGGAACGUUUCCAUCAUAUGGGUCUGUUGCAGAGCCACCCUGAACAUUCAUAACGCGAUGUUCUCGAGCGUGUUAAGGACCAGGCUGUCGUUCUUCCACCGCAAUCAGUCUGGCAGGAUUUUCAACAGAUUCUCCAAGGAUAUGGGCACCAUAGACGAAUUGCUGCCGAUGACGAUAUUGGAGAGCGUUCAGGUCAUAUUGCUAAUAAUUGGCUGCUUGAUCGUCGUGAUGACUUGCAACAAAUGGAUGCUCGGUCCUGUGCUGAUUCUAGGUGUUGUCUUUCAUUUUCUAAGGGUGAUCUACUCGAAGAACGUGAUCAAACUGAAGCAAAUGGAAAGCACGGCGAAGAGCCCUGUGUUCUCGCAUGUGAACGCAACGAUGGAGGGGCUGACCACGAUUCGGGCCACCGGGCCCGCGAUGAUAACUGUACUGGAAAAGCAGUUUGACGACCUGCAGGACGUAAACACCGGCGCGAACCAUCUGCUGUUCAUCGCGUCUCAGAUGACCGGUUUUUACUCGAACAUUCUGAUCUGGAUCUUCUACGCGUGCCUCUCUUUUUCGUUCAUACUGGCGGAUUCGGGUGACACCCUCAGUGGCAACGUCGGCCUGGCUCUAGCACAGACAUACGUCAUUGUUACCGUCUUGCCGCACGGCUUGAAAGAAGUUUACCAUUUGGUAGCGUACAUGGCGUCGGUAGGAAGAAUCAUGGAUUACAUCGAGUUGCCGUCGGAAGGGGAGUGGCGAAGCGACCAUCCUCCGCCGCCAAACUGGCCCGAGCGAGGCAAAUUGAAACUGACGAACGUCAGCCUCCGAUACAGUCCGGACGAGCCGAUGGUUCUGCGGGACCUGAACGUGACGCUGGAGCCGGGAUGGAAGGUCGGCGUGGUGGGCAGAACGGGUGCAGGAAAAUCGUCCUUGAUAUCGAUUCUGUUCCGCUUGUUCUCCGAAGGUCUGCAGGGCAAGGUCGAGGUCGACGGGAUAGAUUUGAGCACGUUGGGGCUGCACGAGUUCCGCUCGGAGAUCUCCAUCAUACCGCAGCAACCGUUCCUCUUCUCUGACACCGUGCGCAACAACCUGGACCCGUUCAACAUGUAUGACGAUGCGAAGCUGUGGGACAGCCUGCAGCAAGUGGAGCUGAACAAUCUGGGCCUGGAUCAGCAGUUACAUAGCGGCGGGAACAACUUGAGCAUCGGCCAGAGGCAGUUGAUCUGCCUGGCCAGGGCGAUCUUGAGGAACAAUCGCAUUCUCGUGUUGGACGAGGCCACCGCGAACAUCGACAACCAAACCGACGCCUUGAUCCAGGAAACAAUUCGCACCAGCUUCGCCGACCGCACGGUGAUCACCGUCGCUCAUCGCCUCAACACCAUUAUCGACUGCGACAGGAUCAUAGUGAUGGACGCUGGACACAUCGUGGAAUUCGGCUGUCCCCAUGAGCUCCUCAGGGACAACCCUAACGGAGUGUUCUCGCAGAUGGUUGACAACACAGGGCUGACGAAGGCGAGGAUGCUGCGGCAGCAAGCGGAAAUGGCUUGCUCGAGGAACAGCCACGAGAGAAGCGUGGAUCUGAAUAGACGGUCAUCCAUCAACAGCGAUAGCACCGAAAUUAUUGCCCAAACUAUGCUGUAGGACGAUUCUAGGCUGGAAUAAUUCGAUUUUACUUUUUAUUGAAUUGCAUGCUAUAUGCGGUUAGAAACUUGCUUCUUUGAGAUCAAAGUUGAUCAUCUUACCUAGUCUAGCAACUGAUACUUUAUAAUCGAAACUGACUGUUAGAAACAUAAAAUAAUAGUUGCAAUCUUUGUCAUUCUGGGUCAGAACGACAAAAGUACAAGAACGACUGUGAACGUUCGACGGAUAUUUACAAAAACAAUUCAUAGGAAAUAAAACGAAUAGAAAAAUAA